AUGAGCUCCACGAUUUUUGCGCUUUCGUCGGGCUCUUUACCAUCGGCAAUUGCCGUAUUUCGGAUUUCAGGACCCAAAAGCCUUCCAGUGUUGCAGCAGCUGAGUCGAAAAUCGAAAUGGCCGCCGAGAAUGAUGAAAUUCACGCCAAUCUACAACCAAAACGGCGUGAUCGAUGAAGCGAUGGCCGUGUUUUUGCCGGGACCCAAAUCGUUCACCGGCGAGGACACCGCCGAGCUUUUCGUGCACGGCAGUCCGGCGGUGGCGCGAGAGUUGGCGUACACAUUGGCGCGGGUGGAGGGUGUGCGCGAAGCGAGACGCGGCGAAUUCACGCGAAGAGCGUUCUUCAACGGAAAAAUGAGUCUGAACGAGGCCGACGGAUUGCGACGAUUGAUCGAGUCGAGAACGGAAACCGAGCGACGGUAUGCGUUCGGCCAAAUGCGAGGCGGAUCGAAGGCGUUGGAAAUUCGAGAGAAAUUCGCGCAAAUUAUUUCCCAAUUAUACGUUAUUAUGGAUUUUGGCGAGCAUGUGCACUUGAUUUUGGAUGAUGCCAAGCAAAAUAUAAGCAAUGUGUUGGCCGAAAUUGAGGCGAUGAUUCGGAAUUGGAGGAAUGUUGAGCGAAUCCAGCGCGGACUCGACAUUGUGCUCUACGGGCGGCCGAAUUCGGGCAAGAGCAGCAUUCUGAAUCGGCUCGCCAGCGAUGAGGUCGCGAUUGUCAGCCCGAUUGCCGGAACGACGAGAGACGCGAUUGAAAUUUCUGUUGAAAUUGGCGGCGUUCGGUGUCGCCUCACGGAUACCGCCGGAAUUCGCAGCGAGACGAGCGAUGGAAUCGAGAAAGAGGGAAUCCGACGGGCGAAUUUAAGGCUGUCGACGGCUGACAUUGUGCUGAUUGUUGUUGACCCAGAAACGAGUCAAGACGAGCUCGACGGCAUGCUCAAAACUAUCAGGCAAAUCGCCAAUUCUGAGGCUCGAUUGAUCGGCAUUCGCAGUAAAUCCGACCUGAAUUCCGGCUAUCCGAAAAUGGGCAUCGAAUUUGUCGACACUUCCACAAUCGACGAGAAUGGAAUCCAUUCGCUUCGUCGCCAUCUUGAAGGAAUCGUCGAAGCGAUUUGUCCAGAAGUCACGUAUCUUCUCGACGUCAACAUUCUACAAGAAUGCGCUGAAACGCUCAACGAAUCGCUGGAAUGCGACGACGCGGCACGAAUCUGCGCGAGAAUCGAACAAUGCGGCGAGCUCAUCGGCGAACUCACGUCGACUCUCGUGUCGGAAGACGUGCUGGAUAAUAUUUUCAGCAAAUUCUGCAUUGGCAAAUAA